CUGUGUGACAGCAGGAUGGAGUCGGCUUCUGUUCUUUGUUUGGUCCUGUGCUCUGUGCUGACUGAAACAGUCGCCCAACACGAUCUCCCUCCAGACACAUCACUCAGGCCGGUGUUGACCGCCACAGAGGGCGAGGGCCGCGACACAACAGAGGGUCAAUACCGAUGCCUGGAGCUGUCGAGCCGAGCACAGACGCACAGCAGGACAGGUGUGUAUUGUGGGCGAGUUUGGGAUGGAGAGCUGUGUUGGGAAGACACCCCUGCUGGGACUUACGCUACUCAAACCUGUCCCGGCGACCCAGGUCUGAACUCAACAGUGUCAAAAUAUUGUGAUGAAUCUGGUAAUUGGGUCCAGAGUCCCGCCAUUAAUAAGACCUGGUCUGAUUGUCUGGCGCUCUCCAAGGACAAAUUAAAGGUGGGCACGGCCCAGGGAGUUUCGAACCCUGAGCCCACCUUGGAGAGCAGGGUCAGUCCCAUGGCCACCCAGAAAGAGGAGGAGAGGAAGAAGAUCAUCGAUGGACAGUACAAGUGCUUUGAGAAGAUGCACAGAGACCAGCCUUACAACAGAUCAGGUGUGUACUGUAACAGGACCUGGGAUGGCUGGCUCUGCUGGGACGACACCCCUUCUGGUACCUUCACUUCUCAACACUGCCCCAACUACUUCAGAGAUUUCGACACCACAGAAAAGGUGACCAAGUUUUGCGGAGAGAAUGGUCAAUGGUUCCGGCACCCUGAGAGCAAUAGGACCUGGUCAAACUACACCCUCUGUAACUCAGGAACCAAAUACAAGCUGAAGAUGGCGUAUAUUCUCUUCUACAUGGCCAUCGUGGGUCACGCCUUGUCCAUCGCCUCCCUGCUCAUCUCUCUGGUCAUAUUCUUCUACUUCAGGAGUCUGAGCUGCCAGCGUAUCACGUUACACAAGAACCUGUUCUGUUCCUACGUGCUGAACUCAGCCCUCACACUCAUCUCCCUGAUCGCUGUGGUCAACAACCCCGAGGUGGUGCACAGGAACCCUGUGAGCUGCAAGGUGCUGCAUUUCUUCCACAUGUACAUGCUGGGCUGUAACUACCUGUGGAUGUUGUGUGAGGGAAUCUACCUGCACACUCUCAUCGUGGUGGCCGUGUUCGCAGAGGAGCAACACCUGCACUGGUACUACCUGCUGGGCUGGGGUUUUCCUCUGGUGCCGGCCUCCAUCCACGCUGUAGCACGGAAGAAGUACUUUGAUGACAACUGUUGGAUGAGUGUGGAGACUCAUCUGCUCUAUGUGGUUCAUGGGCCCAUCAUGGCUGCCUUACUGGUGAACCUGUUCUUCCUGCUGAACAUCGUGAGGGUGCUGGUGACCAAGCUCCGGGACACACACCGUGCAGAGACCAACAUGUAUAUGAAGGCGGUGAGGGCCACCCUGAUCUUGGUGCCUCUGCUGGGGAUCCAGUUUGUCAUCUUCCCCUGGAGGCCAGAGAACCAGCUGGCGGGGGAAGUGUAUGAUUACAUCAUGCACAUACUGAUGCACUACCAGGGUUUACUGGUGGCAACUAUAUUCUGCUUCUUCAACGGGGAGGUACAGGCUACCCUGAAGAGGCAGUGGGUGCAGUACAAGGCCCAGUGGGGCCAGCGGAGGAGAGAGCACUGCUCCAUGCGCUCCACCUCCUACACCGCCACCUCCAUCACCGAGGUGCCUGCCUUCAUGUUCCACCACGACUGCAACAACGAACAGCUGAACGGACGCCACAGCGAAGACUCUGAGCUGGUGGCUCUGAAGACUGGAGAGACGUACGCCUGACAGCCAGCAGAGAGCAGGAUUGAGACGUCGGAGGUCAGGGGGCAGGAGGGAGA